UCCUUCCACGCUGCCCUGCUCUGCUGGACCACGAAAUCCCCAAAUCGCCCCCGACACCACGCGACCGACUCGCCCCCCUCUGCCUUCGCUCCGUUCCCCGCAUCAGCAGCUCCCCCUCGCCUCGCAUCCCACCUCGAACUCCUCCACCUCUGCCGCCAGCCGCCUCUGCCGCUCCCGCGUCCGCCAUCGCCGCCUCUGCCGCCGGCUACCCCAUGACUAUGAUGACUCCUCCCCCUCUCGAGCAGCAGCAGGAGGACGACGAGAUGCUCGUGCCACACCAGGAACUCCCUGCCGUCGACGCGCCCCAGCCGAUGGAAGUGGUGGCGCAGACGGAGCCCACAAACGCCGCAGAAAGCCAGCCAGCCGAGGACCCGCAGACUUCGCGGUUCACCUGGACGAUCGAGAGCUUUAGCCGGCUCAACACGAAGAAGCACUACUCGGAUGUGUUUGUUGUUGGAGGAUACAAAUGGCGUGUGCUGAUUUUCCCGAAGGGGAACAAUGUGGAUCACCUCUCCAUGUACUUGGAUGUUGCGGACUCGGGUAACCUUCCAUAUGGGUGGAGCCGGUAUGCUCAGUUCAGCUUAGCCGUUGUGAACCAGAUUCAUCCCAAGUAUACGAUACGGAAAGAUACUCAGCACCAAUUUAAUGCACGUGAGAGCGACUGGGGUUUCACAUCUUUUAUGCCUUUGAGUGAGCUGUAUGACCCAAGCAGGGGCUAUCUUGUGAAUGACACCGUUGUUGUGGAAGCUGAGGUUGCUGUACGCAGAAUGGUUGAUUACUGGACUUACGACUCGAAAAAAGAAACAGGUUAUGUUGGUCUCAAGAAUCAAGGUGCUACCUGUUAUAUGAACUCUCUUCUACAAACGUUGUACCAUAUACCAUACUUCAGGAAGGCUGUAUAUCAUAUGCCAACUACUGAGAAUGACAUGCCAUCUGGAAGUAUUCCCUUAGCCCUGCAGAGCCUUUUUUACAAGCUCCAGUAUAGUGACAACAGCAUAGCUACCAAAGAGUUGACCAAAUCUUUUGGAUGGGACACUUAUGAUUCUUUCAUGCAGCAUGAUGUGCAAGAGCUCAACAGAGUUCUUUGCGAGAAACUUGAAGAUAAGAUGAAGGGAACUGUUGUGGAAGGAACAAUUGAACAAUUAUUUGAAGGCCACCACAUUAAUUACAUUGAGUGCAUUAACGUGGACUACAAAUCUAGCAGAAAGGAAUCGUUUUAUGAUCUACAACUUGAUGUCAAAGGUUGUCGUGAUGUCUAUGCAUCAUUCGAUAAAUAUGUGGAAGUGGAGCGUCUGGAGGGUGACAACAAAUAUCAUGCGGAGCAAUAUGGCUUACAGGAUGCAAAGAAGGGUGUACUCUUCCUUGAUUUUCCUCCUGUUUUGCAACUUCAACUGAAGCGUUUUGAAUAUGAUUACAUGCGAGAUACAAUGGUUAAGAUUAAUGACCGUUAUGAGUUCCCGCUACAACUUGAUCUUGAUAGAGAUGAUGGAAAAUAUCUGUCUCCAGAUGCAGAUAGAAGUAUUAGAAACCUUUAUACUCUUCACAGUGUUCUUGUUCAUAGUGGAGGAGUACAUGGUGGUCACUAUUAUGCUUUCAUUCGCCCUACACUAUCAGAUCAGUGGUACAAAUUCGAUGAUGAGCGGGUUACAAAAGAAGAUACUAAAAAGGCGCUUGAAGAGCAGUAUGGGGGUGAGGAAGAGUUGCCUCAAAUAAACCCUGGUUUCAAUAACACACCUUUCAAAUUCACAAAGUAUUCAAAUGCCUACAUGCUUGUCUAUAUUCGCGAGAGUGACAAGGAGAAAAUAAUGUGUAAUGUUGAUGAGAAGGAUAUUGCUGAGCAUUUGCGGAUAAGGUUGAAGAAAGAACAAGAAGAGAAAGAACAUAAGAAGAAGGAAAAGGCAGAAGCUCACCUCUACACUAUCAUAAAGAUUGCUCGAGAUGAAGAUUUAAAGGAGCAGAUUGGUAAGAAUAUAUAUUUUGAUCUGGUGGACCAUGAAAAAGUUCGCAGCUUCCGCAUUCAGAAACAAUUGCCUUUUACUGCAUUCAAGGAGGAAGUUGCAAAGGAAUAUGGCAUCCCUGUACAGUAUCAGCGCUUCUGGUUGUGGGCUAAGAGGCAGAAUCAUACAUACCGGCCGAAUCGUCCGUUGACUCCCCAGGAAGAAGCACAAUCGGUCGGGCAGCUUAGGGAGGUCUCAAAUAAGGCACACAACGCUGAGCUGAAGCUGUUUCUGGAAGUAGAACUUGGACCGGAUUCAUGUCCAACUCGUCCUCCUGAGAAGACCAAAGAAGACAUACUACUUUUCUUCAAGUUUUAUAACCCUGAAAAGGAAGAGUUUCGUUUUGUCGGCAGGCUUUUCGUGAAGGCUUUAGGAAAGCCAUCUGAAAUCCUGACAAAACUAAAUGAAAUGGCUGGAUUUUCCCCAAAUGAAGAAAUUGAGCUAUAUGAGGAAAUUAAGUUUGAGCCAAAUGUGAUGUGUGAACAUAUUGACAAGAAACUCACUUUCCGUUCUAGUCAGCUUGAAGAUGGGGACAUUAUAUGUUUCCAAAAGUCACCUGUUCCAGAAGGUGAUACUCAAGUGCGCUAUCCGGAUGUUCCUUCAUUCUUGGAGUAUGUUCACAAUAGGCAGGUUGUGCACUUUCGGUCUUUGGACAAACCAAAGGAUGAUGAUUUUUCUUUGGAAUUGUCGAAGCUUCAUACUUACGAUGAUGUUGUUGAGAGAGUUGCACAUCAACUUGGCUUGGAUGAUCCAUCAAAAAUUCGGCUUACAUCUCACAAUUGUUAUUCUCAGCAACCUAAACCGCAGCCUAUCAGAUAUCGGGGAGUAGGACAUUUACUGGAUAUGCUUGUCCAUUAUAAUCAGACUUCUGAUAUCUUGUAUUACGAGGUUCUGGACAUUCCACUGCCAGAACUGCAGUGUUUGAAAACACUUAAAGUUGCAUUCCAUCAUGCAACAAAAGAUGAGGUUGUAGUUCAUAGCAUAAGACUUCCAAAGAAUAGCACCAUCAGCGACGUGAUUACUGACUUGAAAACUAAGGUUGAACUAUCUAAUCCCGAUGCUGAGCUCCGCUUGCUUGAAGUGUUUUACCAUAAGAUUUACAAGAUCUUUCCACCUCACGAGAAGAUAGAGAAUAUAAAUGAUCAGUACUGGACAUUACGGGCCGAGGAGAUCCCAGAGGUAGAGAAGAACCUCGGCCCACAUGAUCGGUUGAUUCAUGUUUACCAUUUCAUGAAAGAUCCUAAUCAGAAUCAGCAGAUUCAGAAUUUUGGAGAUCCGUUUUUGUUGGUUAUCCAUGAAGGUGAGACUGCUGCAGAGGUAAUGGAGCGCAUCCAGAGAAAACUUAGAGUUCUUGAUGAGGAAUUCUCUAAGUGGAAGCUUGCAUUCAUAUCCAUGAACCGGCCAGAGUACCUCCAGGAUGCUGAUGUUGUAUCUGCACGUUUUCAGAGGAGAGACGUUUAUGGUGCUUGGGAACAAUACCUUGGCUUGGAGCACACUGAUACAACAUCGAAACGGUCUUACACAACCAAUCAGAAUCGUCACACCUUUGAGAAGCCUGUGAAAAUUUAUAACUGAGAAACCUUCCAUCUGGGCUUCAAAUCUUCAAUCCAUUAACAAAGGCCUCGCCCAUGCUAGUAUGCCAAAGGGGAUAACAAAGAGACCUCAACAGACGAAAAAUGGCGGAGGAAUAUAGGGCCAUUUGUGUGCCGAGGCCUAUAUCACUCAUUGAUGUUUGAUGCCAUCGAUGUUACUCCUGUUGGUGAUUGGUGGCGGGGUAUUCUUUUCGAGGCUUUCCAUCUUGCUUUGGGGCAAACCAAGCAUGUGUUGAUUUUCGUCGUGUCGAGUAUGAUGGCCCCUGCUAGGAUAGAUGUUUGCUAAAUUUGUAGAGCAUAGUACAUAAGAAAAGGAUUUUGGUAGGGGGCAUGUAUACAGGAUUAUAGCUGAGACGGAUUGCCUAAUUUGCUCCUCUUGUAGCUUGGGAACGACAGGAGAGAUUGUAUAAUGGGUUUGGUGCUGGUUCUAAUUUUCCGUGUUAUUGAUAAAUGUAAGAGGAUAAUUGCGCAGCUAGUACAGUUUUGAGUUCCAGCGUA